AUGAAUAGGCCAACGCAUUCUGGGGGUCCCCAACGGGCCGGUAACCACGUCCGUCGGCAUGGUCUGCUAGCGACAAUUCGGCUUGUCCUUCUUUUGUUCGUCUUCGUUGCCCCCCUCCGUUCUUCGCUUUCAGCACCAGUUUCAGGCGAGAUUGAAGGCAGAGGCGAAAUCAGUGGGAGCUUGAGAGCACCGCUGAUUUCAAGGAUGAACGAGGUCUUAACGCUCCUCUGGCCACAGCUUGUGCGCCAAGGAGAGGUGGCGGAGCUCUCCGAGCGCAAUGCAGCGGAGCUAGUGGACGCGGUCCUCUCCAGACUGCGCACCUCUGGAGAAACAGUACCUGCGAGUUUGCGUAGCAUGCUGAUAUGGAACUUGACAACAUGCUUUUCUGUGGAUGGUGGGGAGAUUCGAGGCGUCAACGGUAUGUUCGGUGCAACAAGCAAAGCCGUCUGUCCGGGCGGCAGUACCUUGUCCUGCAUAUUGGCAGCCCUUGGAAUUCCCACUUCGGUUGAAGACCAAAACGAAACACAAAAACUUGAAGCCACAAUUUUAGCUGCUGCGUUUCGGCAUAUUGGGCAUGAUGCCGCCGCAAAUGCGGCCACAUCGAGAGGCGUUGGCUUGGGAGUAGAACAAGUCCGAGAGCUUGCAUCCGGAGAAGUACGAAUAUCACCAAGCGACCAGGAAACUCAAGCUCUUUUCGUUGAAGGGGUCCGCUCUCAAUUGGAAUUACAAAAAGGCUUCCAAAGGCUACAGUGGACACGCUUCGGCAGGUUUCACAGUCUGUCUUCAGCCUUUCGCCUUGCACAGCGGUUGUUUUACGAUCCUGGGGAAGCCGCGAAUUCUUCAGAACGAACGGGAGAGGGACCGAUGAGAAAAUCUAUCUGGGAUGUGAUGGAAAUUGUUGCAUGCACGGCUAGAGAAGCUUGUCUUGGAAUUAAUGAACCAGGCUUCCAGGGCACCGUGGAGAAGUGCACUGAAUUGGUUAGCAAAGCCAAGACUUCGUCGCCGCUGGAUAUCUUUUUUCCCAACAACUCAAUGAAGAAGCAAGGCAGUCUCGCAGCUCAAGUCUUUGCAACCUCUCUUUUAGUCUUGCACUCAGUCCAAGGUAGCAGACUCGGCUCUUCCGAAGUCGAAACGCAGGGCGCACGUCAACGGAGCGUCCCUCUUUCUCCUCUGCAGCAAGCCGUGGCUAAUUCUGUUGCAGGUACAGAAUUCAAAAUGCUGAUAUGCCUUAUGGAAUCUCUUAUAUGCCUCAGACUACUGCUGAAGCAGCACGUGCACUCCUUAGCUUAUUUUGUAGAGAAGCCUGAUAUAUUGCCGGAAGGGCCACAAUUUCCAGAUGCUCUGCAGGACUUCACUUCAUCUGCUUCAAAGCUUUCAGAAACACUUCAAACAGCUGCGCGUGUCGCUCAUGGGGCCCUCGACCUUAGUGUUUCAAGCGGCACUACUUCCAUUCAGUUGGUCGAUGCCUUGCAACAGUUUCAGACUCAAAUGGAGGAUAACCUACUCCCCGUUGGACUGUCCUUCCUUGAAGACGGAGAGUUCUCCCUGUAUGGCCCGGCGAUUCGUGAACGGAUAGUGUCUACAACGGAAGCGACAUGCUCCCGCGCUCCUCCUGCCGGAGACAGCAGCACCUUCAAAUCAUUUGUAAUCAUGCAAAGACUUGAGGGACAUUUAGAGGAAAUCACUGGGAACGAAACUUUGCGGGAAGUGUACUUAGGUACCGCGAAAAAAACAGGCCUUUCUCCCAGGGCAGUUGAAUCAAGAAUGUUUGCAAAGCUCAUAGUUGGAAGCAACUCCUUUCAGAAAGCCAGCCAAGUAGCGGGAAUGAGGGUGAGGAGAUGGCUCCAAAGAGAAUUUUCGGACUUUCGCAAGGAGAUACAUGCCUCAUAUCUCAUUGAUGCUGCCUACGGAUGUCUGCAACAAUGCACGGGACCGCUGCUUGCCGACACGAGAUUGCAAACUCAGUGCACAGGCUCACAGGGAGGCCCACAGCCACUGGGGAAAUGUGCCGAUCCUGCUGAGCAGUUUCAAAGGGUAGUAAGUAAAGAGCUAUGGGGCCAAUUUUUGCCAGAUUGGCUCGCGCAGGGCCAAGCCCCCGCAGCCUGCGCAGAGCUCGUGGAGCUCCAGGAGGAAGACUCGCAAGCGUGGCAGCGUCAGGUUUAUCUCAUGGUUUCCCACCUUGAUGCGAUUGGGUGCGGCAAAGAUCACCGUGGAUAUGAUUCCUUUGGACGUUACUCCAUCAAGCUGGAGAUGAUUCAGAUUUUGUAUGACAUGUUUGCCAGUACUGCAAAAAGACCAACGCUGCAGAGUUUUAUUAACUGGCUGGUAAAACUCCGGGAGCCGUUGCCUCAGAAUCUGCAGACGCCCACAGCGGUAGCGCUUCAAUACGCUGGCGGCCAUCCGCAGACUCAAGUACGAGUGAGUAAAGCUUUCAACGUGGCAGUUAAAGGGGACCCAUCUUAUUCGCAGUGCAAGGCCGAAGACACAAAGAUCAUUUCGGAGCUAAUUGGUUCACUUGGCAGCGUUUUCUACACUUUGGAAGCUUUCGACGAUUUCAUCAAAGAGCGGCGUGCCCAGGAAGAAAUUGUCACUCGGCAAGUGACUGCACCGCUUGCAGAAGUCGCUGUCAAGCCAUACACUUUUCCUCCAACUGCUGAGGAAACAUUGGCAGCAGGGGUGUUCGGCUGGAUACUGCCAACAUUUCCUACACUUCCUUGCAAAAAGCCCAACAGGAGGGUGGUUCCCAUUAUUUUGCCUGUCCCACCCCCCACUUUCCCACCCGUUCCGACACCUUCAAAGAAAGGCGAGCCUGAGAAGGAACCUGAGGAAGGACCCUCUCCACCACCACCACCACCACCACCAGCGGCAACGAAAACGACAACUGUGCUUCCACCUGAACAACGGCCUGAACCGUCUGAGAUAACGGAAGAGAGGCCCAUACCAAUACGUCCAGAGCGUAUAUCCAUCAAGAAAGUCCACAAGAAAAUCGACGUAGUCAAAACUGAGAACAAGGAUGCUGCAGAACCCGAAGAAAUGAUUUCCAUUAUCCCUCCCAAGCCAGAAGUAUCGCCAACAAUGGAAAAGAAGGAAGACGCUUGUAUGCAAGUUGUGCGCCUCUACGAGAAGUAUGUCGAAGGCUCUGCAAUCAAAGAUGUUCAGUCUCUCCUUGAAGCUGCAAUGAAAGUACCUUUGUUUCAGUCCACUCGGUCAGAACUUCGAAUCGAAGAAGGCGACACUUCACUGCAGAAGUUUCGCCUAGUUUUAUGUGUGAUGUGCGCUAAGCACAUUCCUUCCUUACAGUUGGCAACGGGGCCGGAGAAGGAACAACUCAAAGCCUCUAUCGAGAAGAGCAAGGAGGCAUGCGGAAUGGUGUAUGAAAGAACUCACUGGGCUCAAGAAAUUGAAGGUGGCACACCAUUGGCCUCCUUUACACGUGAGUCAACAUGA